AUGGUCGAUGAAGCCCACGAGCGGUCUAUUAGCACUGAUAUCCUCCUUGGCCUGCUGAAGAAAAUACGCAAAAGGCGGACGGAUCUACGGAUCAUCAUCAGCAGCGCUACUCUUCAAGCCGAGGAGUUCCUACGUUUCUUCACACAAAGCGGCGACGACAAAAGCCAGCCUGCCAAAGAGGAAGACAAGGAAGAGACUGGGAAUAUCAUCAGUUUCGAGGGCCGGACAUAUCCCAUCGACAUUCUCUACCUUGACUCUCCGGCAGAGAACUACCUCGAAAGAACCAUCGAGGUAGUUUGGAGCAUACAUGAACAAGAAGGCUCUGGUGACAUCCUCGUCUUCCUGACUGGCAGGGAAGAAAUUGAUCAGGCCGUACAAGCAAUCUCUGAACGUUCUGCGACGACGAACUCGCAAUCGACUGGCUUGCAGCCUUUGCCUCUGUACGCAGGACUGUCGAGCGAGGAGCAGAUGCUCGUUUUUGACAAGCCUCCAAAGAACGUCCGCAAAGUCGUGUUCGCGACCAACAUUGCGGAAGCAUCAGUCACCAUAGAGGGCAUCGUAUUUGUGGUUGACUGCGGGUUUGUCAAGCAGAGAGCAUACAACCCUAGGACUGGCAUUGAAGCGCUCACAGCGACACCGGUAUCCAAGGCCUCCGCAUCCCAACGAGCGGGCAGAGCAGGCCGUACUAGGCCUGGAAAGUGUUUUCGCUUGUAUACAGAGGACAGCUUCACGAACUUGCCUGAGGCAAAUGUACCCGAGAUACAGAGGUCGAAUCUGGCACCUGUCAUACUUCAGCUGAAGGCUCUCGGAAUUGACAAUGUUGUGCGCUUCGACUUCUUCUCAGCGCCUCCAUCGGACCUCGUGGCGAAGGCACUGGAGCUUCUUUAUGCUUUAGGAGCGCUGGACGAGUACGGGAAAUUGACGCGACCCCUAGGCGCCCGGAUGGCAGAACUUGCAGUUGAGCCCAUGAUGGCAAAGACUCUACUGGUGUCGCACAGCUUUGGAUGUACCAAUGAGGUCUUAACGAUAGCGGCUAUGACGAGCCUCGACGGUUCGGUAUGGUUCCAUCACGAUGGCGAGAGGAAGAAAAUGGAAACCUCGAGACGCAAAUUUGCCGUGGAAGAAGGCGAUCACCUCACUCUCCUUAAUGCCUACCAGGCAUUUGUCACGAAGGGAAAGAAAGAGGCCAAGUUCUGCCACGAGAACCAUCUCAACUACAAAUCCAUGACAAGAGCCGUCAGCAUCCGCAAUCAACUCAAGCGUUACCUUGAGCGGUUCAAUAUCCCCGUGGACGAUACCAUGACAUUCGACCCUCAGGAUCCAGCACGGCGCACACAGCAGGAUCCCGCGCGCGAAGCCGUAAAGAUUCGCCGAUGUCUCACGUCAGGGUAUUUCGCUCAUGCUGCACGCAUGCAGCCAGACGGCACGUUUCGCAAUGUUGCUGGCGGCACCAUCCUCCAUGCCCAUCCAAGUUCAUUGAUGUUCAAUCGAAAAGCAGAUUGGGUCAUAUUCCACGACAUCAUAGAGACUGGGGACAAGACUUUUAUCAAAGACAUUACGAAGGUAGAGAGGGACUGGCUGAUCGAAUACGCGCCCGAUUUCUACCAGCUAUCUACAAACCAAGUAGAGACCAGACAAUAG